UAUAUUAUAUUUUCUUUUAUUUGAAAUAUCACAGUUUGACAAUGUCUGAUACUGAAAUACACCAUGUGGCCAAUGAGGCGCCACCGCAGCUCGAAGACGAUGACGCGGCGAAACUAGGAGAAGUCCGAGCAGGGUCAGAUGAACACGGAGGAUCUAGACGGAGUACAAGUGCAAGGCCGAAAUCCAAGGGGAACUUCUGCUGCAUAGCCAAGGAGUACUAUAGCGACUACUCCAACCUGAUUGAUUCGCUGCACAUCAUGCCUCGUCUGAUGAUUCACCAUCGUGGUUUCAAGAUCAACUCCACCUACGGCCUCACGCUCAACAUCAGGAACAGUGGACUGGUAGGCGAUCAACCCACCUAUACACAAAAAAAUAGAGGACACAAGAUAUAAUUUUUUUUC